AUGAUGUCAAGAACUGUGUCAUCCUGGAUCUUAAGCUCAGCAAGAAACAGCAUUGUUUUACAAGGAAAAGGACGUCUGUACUCUAUCUGUAUCCCAAAUAGAAACAAGGUAAAAUGGAAGCUUGUUUUCUCCAAAACACAUCUCUCCCCUGCUGGGAGCUGCAUCUUAGGCAAUACUUUCUCUUUACCAAAAGCAUUCAGACACACAUCCACCGAAGAAGAACAUUUCUCUUUCCAGUUGUCUCCAUCACAGAUCAAUGAUAUACUGAGAGCAGGCGAAUUAUCCCAUAAAACACUGGAUCUGAAUGGUAAAAAUGCAAAUUCUGUGUUGAGGUUUGAAAGCAACCAGCUGGCAUCCAACACCCCUAUCGAAGACCGCAGAAGCGCAGCCACUUGCCUGCAGACAAAAGGGAUGAUGUUUGGGGUCUUCGACGGGCACGCGGGCUCCGCGUGUGCCCAGGCGGUGAGCGAGAGGCUCCUGCAUUACAUCGCAGUUUCUCUCAUGUCUCGGCAAACCUUGGAGGAGAUCGAGCUUGCUGUUGAGUGCAUGAAGCCAGCUCUGCCUAUUCUGCAGUCGCACAAGCAUCCAAGUGAUGUUGAGUAUCAAGAAGUAACUUCACAGUAUUUUGAGAACCUCCGGGUUUACUGGCAACAUUUACUGGACCUAGACACUGAGCCAGGACUUGGUUUAGAAGAGGCCUUGGUAUGUGCAUUCAAGAGGUUAGACUCGGACAUAUCGCUGGAAGUGCAGGCUCCCCAGGAAAAUGAAUUGAUGAGAAAUAUUGCCCUUCAAGUAGCUUUUUCUGGUGCAACAGCCUGUGUAGCUCACGUUGACGGUGUUCAUUUACAUGUUGCAAAUACUGGUGAUUGCAGAGCUAUUUUAGGGGUUCAUGAAGAAGAUGGAACAUGGUCUACUCUCCCGCUAACCCGGGACCACAAUGCCUUUGAUGAAUUUGAAAUUAGAAGACUGAAGAGAGAACACCCUAGAUCUGAGGAGAAAACCCUGUUUGUGAAUGACAGAUUGCUGGGGAUUCUCGUGCCCUCCAGAGCUUUUGGAGAUGUGCAAUUAAAAUGGAGUAAAGAACUGCAACACAGUGUUCUUGACAAUAGCUGUGAUGUUGAGGCUUUAAAUAUUUUUCAGUAUGUUCCUCCAAACUACCAUACACCCCCUUAUUUAACUGCAGAGCCUGAAGUCACAUACCACAAAUUAAGAAGCAAGGAUAAGUUUCUCGUUAUUGCUUCGGAUGGACUAUGGGAGCUGCUAAGUAAUGAGAUGGUUGUAAAACUUGUUGCUGGACACCUUAUGGAGCUUAAUGUGCAGAAACCACAACUGGCUUUUGAGAAACCAGUUAAUUUGGGUUAUAUGCACAGCUUGUUACUUCAGAGGAAGAACAGAGGUGUGGCUUCACUUGACCAAAACAUAGCUACUCAUUUAAUAAGGCAUGCAAUUGGGAGUAAUGACUAUGGGGAGAUGGACCAGGAGAAACUUGCUGCAAUGCUGACACUGCCUGAAGACCUUGCAAGAAUGUACAGAGAUGAUAUCACUGUUACUGUGGUGUAUUUUAAUUCAGAAACAAUUGAAAAUUAUUACAGAAACAAUUAAUAGAGACUUGCACUCCUGCCUCUAUACCACUUUGAUACUGAAACCAUUACUGAUUUUCUCUAAUAGUCAAGCUGUUACC